UGCAGUGUCUGGAAAUGACCACUAAGCGGAAGCUGAUUGGCCGGCUGGUGCCGUGCCGUUGUUUCCGUGGUGAAGAGGAAGUGAUCUCAGUGUUGGAUUACUCCCACUGCAGCCUGCAGCAGGUCCCAAAGGAAAUCUUCAGCUUUGAGAGGACUCUGGAGGAGCUCUACCUCGACGCCAACCAGAUUGAGGAACUACCCAAGCAACUCUUCAACUGCCAGGCCUUGAAGAAGCUGAGCAUGCCCGAUAACGACUUGUCCACCCUGCCCACCACCAUCGCCAGCUUGGUUAACCUCAAAGAGCUAGACAUCAGUAAAAACGGUAUCCAGGAGUUUCCCGACAAUAUAAAAUGCUGUAAAGGUCUGUCUGUGGUGGAGGCCAGUGUCAACCCUAUCACCAAACUCCCAGAUGGUUUCACGCAGCUCCUGAAUCUGACACAGCUCUUCUUAAACGAUGCCUUCUUGGAGUAUCUUCCAGCUAACUUUGGCAGACUCUCCAAACUACGGAUCCUGGAGCUCAGAGAGAACCACCUGAAAACCAUGCCAAAGUCCAUCCACAGACUGACACAGUUGGAGAGGUUGGAUCUGGGUAGCAAUGAAUUCUCUGAGAUGCCAGAGGUGUUGGAACAGAUCCACAACCUAAGAGAGCUGUGGCUGGAUAACAACUCUCUACAGUGUAUACCAGGGGCGAUAGGAAAACUUCGUCAGUUGCGGUACUGUGACUUAGCUAAGAACCGUAUCGAGACGUUGGACACGGAAAUCUCAGGCUGUGAGGCCAUGGAAGACCUGCUGCUGUCCUCCAACAUGCUGCAGCAGCUCCCUGACUCUAUAGGAAUGUUAAAGAAGCUGACCACAUUGAAGGUAGAUGACAACCAGCUGACCUCACUGCCUAACACCAUCGGAAGUGCGAAGCCCAAGCACGGUCUGUCUCUAUUGGAGGAGUUUGACUGUAGUUGUAAUGAGUUGGAGUCGUUGCCUCCCACCAUCGGCUACCUGCACAGCUUGAGGACCUUCGCUGCUGACGAGAACUUCCUCUCAGAGCUGCCGCGGGAGAUCGGUAACUGUAAGAAUGUGACAGUAAUGUCACUGCGGUCAAACAAACUGGAGUUUCUUCCUGAUGAGAUUGGACAGAUGACCAAACUACGAGUGCUUAACCUCAGUGACAACAGGUUAAAGAAUCUACCGUUUACCUUUACUAAGCUGAAGGACCUUGCAGCGCUCUGGCUUUCUGACAAUCAGUCCAAGGCUCUGAUCCCACUGCAGACAGAAGCCCACCCUGAAACCAAACAGAAGGUUUUAACCAACUACAUGUUUCCUCAGCAACCGCGACAUGAUGAGGAUUACCAGUCGGACAGUGACAGCUUUAAUCCUACUCUGUGGGAGGAGCAGAGACAGCAGAGGAUGACUGUGGCCUUUGACUUUGAGGACAAGAAGGAGGAAGAAGACAACUCUGGGAAGGUCAAGGUGGAGAUAAACCUAAAGCGCUACCCAACACCCUACCCUGAGGACCUUAAGAACAUGGUCAAGUCAGUGCAAAGCCUUGUGGGUAAAAACGUACAUGCCGGACACGGGCACCAGCACCAGCACCAACACCAACACCAACACCAGCACCAGCACCAGCAUCCGCACCAGCACCAGCUGAGCACAGGCACUGCCACAUCGGCAGGAACCAACAUGGAACACACACACCUCAGCAAAGAGCAGUACGAACCACCGUGGCCCCUGCCUCCCAAAGAGGUGACAGACCGAGAGAUGCAGGACUUCUCUCAGUCUCAGCUAAUGGAUCAGGGAUCAAUGCAUAACUCUGGCAUUGACAUUCCCAAGAGAAAGGACAAGGAGGACCUGACGGAGAGCUCAGAGGACUCGAUGGGCGGCUCUCCCAACGACAUCCGUAUUUCCGACAUGAGGCCCACCCUGGUGGAGCCGCCGAUGUACAAACCAAAGGUGGUUCUGCUGGGGAAAGACAAGAAAGAGUCUACAGAUGAAGAGGUGGAUAAGCUCCACUGUCUGAACCACAGCGGCUCCUCAGCCACUUACUCCGACUACUCUCCCUCACAGGGCUCCUCCGGCUCCUCCAACCCGCCCGGCAACGCACACCCACACCCACACCCACACCCACACUCUCACGCACACGCACACCCACACCCACACCCACACCCACACCCACACCAACACCAACACCAACACCAACACGCUCCUGCCCUCCCGGCCCCAAACAAGGACCAGGCGCCUCAAACACACUGGACCAACAGACUGGCUCAGUCUUUCCCCAAACCCAUUGACUCCAAGCCCCUGCUAUCUCAGAGAGAAACCCCUCCAUCAGGAACCCUGCAGCAGCGCGGGGAUCGACGCCCACUGAGCGAGCCUUUUGAUUGGUCUGAGGCUCCUCACUACGACAACACAGGUUUUGAUGCUGAGGAGUCUCCCAUGGAUCCUCCGACCUCUACUGGGAGUCAGGGAAACCCGCCGCUUGGCUCCAAACCCCGCAGCCAGUCAACACAUGGGCGCCGCCCCCUCCUCAGGCAGGAGCGGAUCGUAGGAGUGCCUCUGGAGCUGGACACUCAGACGCUCCCCUUCCACGGCAACCAACGCUCCACUCCAGACAAUGACCCACAAUCAGGACAUUCUUCCCAGAAUCCCUGGCAGAACUGGACCAGAACCCCAAGCCCGCUGGAGGACCGGACAGCUUUUCCCUCCAAACUGGACCUGACGCCCACCUCUAGCCCCAACCCGGACCGCAAGGACUUGGACCCGAGGCUGGAACAAGGAGCAGGGCCUUUGCCCGGCAGCUGGACGUACCACGACAAUCAGGGGGAGCAGAACAGGAAGGAUCAGCUAAGUGUCAGCGGUGGCAACAAGGUAACCGUGGUGAUGAGUAAAAGCUCGGACCGCCUUUCCCCGAUGAUGAGGGAGACAAGAUCCAAGUUUAAGAAGUCACAGAGCAUCGAUGAGAUCGACAUUGGCUCCUACAAGGUCUACAGUAUACCCGUGGACAGCUACAGUUCAUCCAUUGAGCAACAGACUAGUUUGGACCGCCAAGAGAUGCCUGGUUCUAUGGAGCAGACCAACAUGUCACGGUCACAGUCUGCCCCAAUGUUAGACGAUGAGCUGAUCUUCCCAGGACACGGAGGCAGCAACCAGAACCAAAAACCUGCCAUCCCGCACAAGGCCUACCACUUUGACCACAACUACAACCCCCAGGUGACCAUGGACCGUAGGGUCCCUCCCCCAUUCCCCAACACACCAGAUUAUGUCAACCACUCAUCGAAAGCCUUGGAGUACAUCAAUCAACCAGGGAAGACAUUACCCAAGGAGUUGGUGAGCCCUCGGUAUCGUGCAUAUCCUCCGCUUGAGAUGUUUUCUUUCCCCCAAUCGCCGAUCAACCAGGAUGGUCAGCCCAGCCAGCAUCAGCAGCCAAUCCCUGCACAGCGAUCCAGGCCAGGAUUUUUGAGGAGAGCGGAUUCAUUGGUGAGCUCUACAGAGCUUGCUUUGUUCCGCAGAGUCCAUGAAGCCCAGCAGGAGGCGCUGCAGGAAGCUCAGUACAGACAGCAAGCGGACCCCCCUCUUUACGGUCGGGCUCUGGCCUAUUCCACGCCCAUGGAGCACUCUGCUCUCACCAACAUGGCCGACAGCCAGAGCCAGAUGAUGCACAACAAGAGAAACGGUCGCUACGAUGACGACUACACCACCUACCAGGAACAGAAGAAGCCCAUGAUUGGUUAUCCGACCAAGAGCCUGACUCAGCGCCGCCCCCUGUCUGCAAGGAGCUACAGUACUGAGACAUAUGGAGCAUCUCAGGCACGUCCAGUGUCAGCUCGUCCCACCAUGGCUGCCUUGCUGGAGAAAAUGCCCCCUGACUACACUCUGGCAACCUGCCCUGAGAAACCAUCUGAUGACACCAUCAAAGUAAGACCCGGCGUACCACUGAAGCCUGAAGACAUCACCUCCAGGAUGCCCGCCGAUUGGAGGCAACAGCUACUUAGGCACAUAGAGGCCAAACGAUUGGACAGGAGUGGUGUCCUAAAGCACAACACGCUCACGCUGGGCAUGCUCUGUCAGGGCGGGGGUCACGGCCAGGGGCGCAGCAGCACUUUGAACUUUAAUCUUUACAAUAACACUAAGCAUGAGCCCCCUGCUGGCCGCUGGCUGCCACUACCUCCUCCUCCAUCUGCUAACGCUACCCCAUCUCAGCAGGCUGCCAUGCUGGAUAAUGAUCAGGAGGGGCUGACAGGGGGAAACCAGUGGGCUCCCUACUCACUUGGCAGGAGGGACGUCCCACCGGACAACCUCAUGAAAAAGAGUGCCCACUCGCACAACCCCUCCCACCAGUCACACAACACCAUGAUCGUCACUUCCUCCUCCUCUUCCUCUUCCACUACGCCUCACCGUGUAGUCGUGCAGCAGGGCUACGACGGGAUGAUGAACAAAGGGGGCCAAUACCAACCGGGAAUGCCCCUGUCAGUUGUUCCCUCUGGGGGGCCUGGGCAGUACCAAGGCAACAUGCCUCAAGGUAAAUGUUUCUUUUUUUUUUUUUUCUUCCCUCCAGGCCAUUCCGCCCCUGGACAGGGUUACCCCGGCGCCGGCCUGCCCAUGGCUCUGUCCCCAUCUGGGAACCAGCCCCAGUACAACCCCCAUUCUUCCCACACAUCCCAUCAGCCCGCCACCAACCCGCAGUACCACGGCAACCAGGGCAUGGGCAUGGUCCAUAGUAAUCAGGUUGUCAUGACUCACACCAACCCACGGCCUCAGAGCGCUCGCUGCCUGUUGCAGACGAAAGGCCAGAAGAGCACGGAUGGUUUCCAGGAACAGUUGUGUGUGAGAAUAGAGAAGAACCCUGGUCUUGGUUUCAGUAUCUCUGGUGGCAUCAGCGGCCAGGGGAACCCCUUCAAACCGUCCGACAUGGGUAUCUUUGUUACUAGGGUACAGCAUGACGGGCCCGCCGCCUCCGCCCUGCAGCCCGGAGACAAGAUUCUGCAGGCUAACGGACAUAGUUUUUUACACAUGGAGCACGAGACAGCCGUCUCUCUGCUGAAGAGUUUCCAGCGGACGGUGGACUUGGUGGUUCUGAGAGACAGCAGCACUUGCUAG